AUGUUUCGUCAAGUACGCGUUUCAGAGGAUGAUUGGAACCUGCAACGGAUUUUGUGGAGACAAAAUCCGAAAGAGCAGUUACGUACUUAUCAAUUGACGACUGUGACUUAUGGAACGACACCAGCGUCGUUUUUGGCUACACAAUGCCUAGUUGCUUUGGCAGAAGAAGUGAAGGAACAAUACCCCGAAGCGUCAACGUCCAUUCUUCGUGACUUUUAUAUGGACGACUUAAUGACAGGCGCGGACAGUGUGGAAGACUGUUGUAGAAUUCAGAAAGAGGUAAACUCUAUCCUUGAUUCUGCAAAAAUGCCGCUGAGAAAGUGGUGUUCAAACUCCCAAGAUAUAAUUGAACAAAUGGGUAAACGUGAAGGUGAUACGUUGUUCACACUUGAGAUAGGAGACGGAGAAAUAGUGAAAUCUUUAGGACUGGAAUGGAAGCCACUGUUAGAUCAAUUCUUUUUUACUAUAUCUCCCACUUUACAACCGAAAUGUUUAACUAAGCGAGUGAUAUUAUCAGAUCUUAAUAAGAUUUUUGAUCCUCUUGGGUUUUUGACACCCGUGCUGAUAAAAGGUAAAAUUUUUCUGCAACAGAUGUGGGCAGAGAAAAUGGAUUGGGAUAAACCGUUGCCAAUAGCCAUGCAAACAAAAUGGAGCGCCUUCUACCAAAGUUUAGGCCAGUUGAAGGUACUAGAAAUUCCAAGGAAAGCGAUUCCAAGUCUGUCGAAGGACAUCGAAGUCCAUGGUUUCUGCGACGCCUCGGAAGAAGCGUACGCACCAUUGAAAGGAACCACCAUCCCACGCUUAGAGCUGAAUGGGGCGCUGUUACUUGCUGAAUUAGUCAACAAAGUGUCAGAGUCGUGGGGCUUUCAGUUGGGAAGUUGUCAAUUAUGGACUGAUUCGAUCGUAGUCUUGAGUUGGAUAAACAGUCAGCAAACCAGAUUAAAAUCUUACGUUCUAAAUCGAAUAUCACAAAUUUUGGAAUUAACUGAUGCGAACCAGUGGCACCACGUACGUACAGCCGAUAACCCUGCUGAUGUUAUUUCCCGUGGCAUAAGUGCCAAGGAACUGUUGAGAGCAGAUCUCUGGUGGUAUGGACCAAGAUGGAUGUCAGAUCAAAAAAGCCAAUGGAAUGCGUCAGAAGUACAGUUAAUCGAGGAUGAAGAGAUCCCGGAACAACGGACAGUAAAACUUGCAUUAGUGAUUUCUCUACCAUUAACCAAGCUCUUCGAUGCUUUCUCGAACUGGCACAAAUUAGUACGCUCAGUAGCAUGGCUCUUACGAUUCAUAAGGUAUAUGAAGCUAAAAAAAACUAUUGAAUAUCCAAAGCAUUUAUUAGUUUCCGAGUUACAAGGCGCUAAAGUCGCUGUGAUCAAAUGGGUUCAGAGAGAGUCGUUUUACGAGGAGUUUAAAUCAUUAGAAUCUAAUAAGGAACUACUUCGAAGAAGCAAAAUCAAGAAUUUGCAGCCAUUCAUAAAGGACGGUCUAAUCUAUGUCGGUGGACGUUUAGAGUAUUCCAACAUAUCUGAACAGCAAAAACAUCCUUUAAUACUACCAGCGACCCACAAAAUAACGCGCUUAAUAUUUGAAGAUCGGCACCGAGAAUUACUGCACUGUGGACCACAGGCUUUGUUGGCUGAAAUAAGAAGAAUGUAUUGGCCACUGAGAGGACGAAUAAUGGCACGUUCAGUAACAUCACGUUGUGUUCAGUGUGUAAAGGCAAGACCUAAGUUUUUGUUACCACUCAUGGCCCCAUUACCAAAGGAUCGAGUACAAUGCUCUCGGCCUUUUGCUAUCGCUGGGGUAGAUUUCGCUGGUCCGAUUGUUAUCAGAAGUGGAAUCCGGCGAGUAACCGGCAUCAAGGCCUGGAUUGCUGUUUUUGUGUGCUUUUCGACUAGGGCAGUUCACUUAGAGGCUGUGGAAGACCUAACAAGCGCUGCAUUCGUAGCUUGCUUACGUCGAUUUAUGUCAAGGCGUGGAAAAUGUAAGAGAAUUUAUAGCGAUAAUGGUACCAAUUUUGUUGGGGCGCAAAAAGAGCUCACUGCAUACAUGGAAAAAAUUGAUAAGCGAAUGGAAGGAGAAGGAAUCGAAUGGAGAUUCAACCCCCCCUCAGCUCCUCAUUUUGGAGGGCUUUGGGAGAAUGCUGUGAAAAGCACAAAAUUUCAUCUCGCAAGGAUAAUGAAGGAAACAUGGCUCACCUUAGGAGAACUCAGCACGUUAUUAUGCCAGAUAGAGGCAUGUGUAAACUCAAGACCAAUGACACCCCUGAGUAGCGACCCGUCUGAUUUAGAAGCACUAACACCAGCGCACUUUUUAAUUGGUGGGCCCAUGUUCCUACCACCUGAAAAUGAUCUCACAGAAGCCGAGCCAAAGGGUGUACGGCGUUGGAAAAGGGUACAAUAUCUGAUGCAAACAUUCUGGAAACGAUGGGAGAAUGAGUACCUGCCACAGUGUCAAGUGCGCGGUAAGUGGUUAUGCCGAACGAGACCAAUGCAGAUAAAUGACGUAGUGAUAAUAAGAAGAGAAAGUAAUCAUCCAACCAAAUGGAAUUUAGGAAGAGUCAUCCAGCUUCAUCCGGGUAAGGAUGGAGUUAUUCGAGUUGUAACUCUACGCACGGCAAGUGGAGUAGAAAUGCGUCGACCAACAGUGAAACUAUGUUGCCUUCCAGUGCAUGAUGAUGACUCAAGUGUUGAAAAAUCAGAUUUUCAACGGGGGGAGGAUGUCGACGCCAGAUAA